AUGGCCAAACACGAUCCGCCGAUCAAUCAGAUCACGCCCGCCUACUACAAGCGCUGGGACGACUACGGGCAGAAGGUUCUGGCCUGGGGAUGCUCAAAAGGCGCUGAGCCCUACCCGGGACAGCCGCCGGGCGGGUAUUACUCGCACUACAUGCCGCGCAACAAGUACGUGCCCACGGUAACGGACUAUCCGGAUCUGAUAAAGAGCCCGAGCGGCCCCGUCUCAACGAGCAAAUACGCAACUGCACCGUCGAGUGUCAUCGGUGCUGUCAACAAUGGCCCCGACAUUGCGAUGACCACGAGCGCGCUCAAUCUCUUGACAGACAAGCUGGCCCGCGAUGACCACGGGUUCUACUUCAAAUCACACAAGGGUCAGCUCCGCAAGCCUCUGCCAAAGGCGAACUCACCUAUUAUGGAGCGCGUCGAGCGCGACGGUGGUGGUGACGGGGAUGAUGGUGGGAAGAAAAAGCGCAAACACCGCGCUCCCAAGCAAGGCGAAGUUAUCGACGUCGACCAGGACGACGACACUUCCGGCUCUGGCGCGAUCGUGGAAAACGACGGCGAACCCGUACCCUCCGGCGCGGACUACGACAAGUUCCUCAAUGACAAUAACCCGAUUGCGCCGGGAUUCAACUAA